UUCCUGGUUGAGGACAGAGGGGCGGGUGGAGACAGACAGUGUGUGGUCAAACAGAUCAACCUGAGGAAGAUGUCGGCGAGGGAAAAGGAAGCAUCCAAAAAGAAGUGACGCUGCUGUCGAAGAUGAACCACCCGAACAUCGCCUCCUUCAUCACAUCUUUUCAUGAGAGGAGCAGCCUGUAUAUAGUGAUGGAGUACUGUGACGGAGGAGAUCUGAUGAAGAAGAUCAACAUGCAGAGAGGAGUGUUCUUCACCGAGGAGCAGGUCGUGGACUGGUUCGUUCAGAUCUGCCUCGGUCUCAAACACAUCCACGACAGGAAGGUCCUCCACAGAGACAUCAAAGCUCAGAAUAUCUUCCUAACCAAUGGAGGGAUGAAAGCGAAGCUGGGGGACUUUGGAAUUGCAAGAAUGUUAAAUAACACCAUGGAGCUGGCCAGGACCUGCGUCGGGACACCGUACUACCUCUCCCCGGAGAUCUGCGAGAGUCGGCCCUACAACAACAAGACGGAUAUCUGGUCUCUGGGCUGUGUCCUGUAUGAAAUCUGCACCCUGAGGCAUCCAUUUGAGGGCAGCAGUCUCCGUCAGCUGGUCAGUAAGAUCUGCAGGGGGCGCUACAGCCCAGCGCCGAGCCGCUACUCCUACGAGCUGCGCCUGCUCGUCACACAGCUCUUUAAGGUCAGACUCUCAGCAUUUACUCAUGUCUCUUCCCUGUGUGUGGAGACGGAGGCCCUCCGGCGACAGAAAGGGUGCAUGUGUACAGUAGUACCUGUAGCUGGACCUAGACAUUGAUGAGCAGAAUUCUGCAGAUUUUCUGUCGAUUAUUUUGCCGAGUUUAAGCAUAAUUUUCAGGAUGUAAACACAUCUGAAGACUGCAUUUCGCUGCCUUUGUACGUGUACACUGAACAAUACAGUUUAAUCUAAUCUCUAAUCUCCGCGUGUCUGUAUGUGUGUCCGUCCGUGUGUGUGUGUUCUUGUUU